GGUGCGCGCCGGCGGCGGGCGCGAUGGCGGCGGACGGGGACUGGCAGGAUUUCUAUGAGUUCCAGGAGCCGGCCGGGAGCGUCCAGGACCAGGAGAACUGUAACGCGAGCCCUGAGGCCGAAGCUGGGGCACCCGCGGGCGGCGACAGCUUCCCGGCCUUGGCCUGCAGCCUGGAGGAGAAGCUGAGCCUGUGCUUCCGCCCCUCGAAGGACGCCGAGCCCCCGCGGACGACCGUGCGGCCCAUCACGGAGCGCAGCCUCCUGCAAGGCGACGAGAUUUGGAAUGCCCUGACAGAUAAUUACGGGAAUGUCAUGCCGGUAGACUGGAAGUCGUCCCAUACGAGGGCUUUGCAUUUGCUUACUCUGAACCUCUCAGAGAAAGGGAUGAGUGACGGCUUACUCUUUGACACUUCAGAUGAGGAGGAGCUGAGGGAGCAGUUGGAUAUGCAUUCGAUCAUCGUCUCCUGUGUCAACGAGGAGCCCCUCUUCACUGCAGACCAGGUUAUUGAAGAAAUUGAAGAAAUGAUGCAGGAAUCACCAGACCCAGAAGAUGAUGAGACCCCCACACAGUCAGACCGGCUCUCUAUGCUCUCCCAGGAGAUUCAGACUCUGAAGAGGUCUAGCAUGAGCAGCUAUGAAGAGAGAGUGAAAAGGCUCUCGGUGUCUGAGCUAAAUGAACUGCUGGAAGAAAUCGAGACAGCCAUCAAGGAGUAUUCUGAGGAGCUGGUGCAGCAGCUGGCCCUGAGAGAUGAACUGGAGUUUGAGAAGGAAGUGGAAAACAGCUUUAUUUCUGCUCUGAUUGAAGUGCAGAACAAGCAGAAAGAACACAAAGAGACAGCCAAGAAGAAGAAGAAGCUCAAAAAUGGCAGCUCUCAGAAUGGGAGGAACGAGAGAAGUCACAUGCCAGGCACACGCUUCAGCAUGGAAGGGAUCUCAAAUGUCAUUCAGAAUGGCCUCCGCCACACCUUUGGAAACUCAGGUGCAGAGAAACAGUAUUUGACGACAGUCAUCCCUUAUGAGAAAAAGAAUGGCCCACCGUCUGUCGAGGAUCUUCAGAUAUUAACAAAAAUUCUGCGUGCCAUGAAGGAGGACAGUGAGAAAGUUCCAAGCUUGUUAACCGACUAUAUCCUGAAAGUUCUGUGUCCUACAUAGAGCAGCGUUACGUGGGAGCGCGUCCCCUUCUGUGGACUCCGGCUUGAUUUCCUCCAGUGUCACUCUGGAAGGGUGGCAAUUAUGAGUCCCUGCUGCUUUUGGAGACCCAGCACACUUGAACUUGGAUUUGCAAUUCAGUGUUACUAGAUCGCGAUUUCACAAUCCGUCAUAUUAUAGCACCGAGAGAGCGAGCUAUGACACUCUUGAAUUCUGGAGAUAGGUUUUUGGAAAACAUAUGGUUCCUAAGUGAGCAGAGUGGAGGAGAGAGCUAGGAACUGGGCACGCCAUUAUCCUUUUCCUUAAUUCAGUGUGGCUGUUAGCGCUUGACUUCCUCCGUCUGAACUGCACUGAAGAAGAACUGCAUUAAAGCACUGGGAGAGCCAACCACGGUUGUUCUCCAGUCAUGGUGAGAUCAGUGUUGAGUGUUUAGAGCAUCUUCUAUUACCUGCCAGUAUUGCCCAGAGACAGACUGACCGUGGACUGGUGUGAUGCAGAAUCUGUCACCUGCGCUGCUUUGGUCUAAUGGCGGACACUGUUGGAAACUAAGUUUGUAACUUCUGCCUAUUGCACCAUUGUUGACGUGUGAGAUAUUAGGAUGCCAUUUGGAAUCAUUAUGACCUUGGGUGUUCUGUGUCCGUGAAGAAGUGUAUUUUGAAAGGGGUCCAUGCCCUCUAAGGUGCUUAAAGAGCUACUAUGGUACUGCCUGUUCUCAUGGCUGUGUUCAGUUUUAUUUACACCUGUGUGCUUUUCUAGAAAAAAACUGCUCACGGCCACAACACUAAUCAUGAACACUUUUGCCAGUUUCAAUCAAGUCAAUGAUAUUUAAUAAAAUAACA